GGAACAAAACUUUCACAUGAUUAUUUUGGGUAAGGCAAGCAGUGACCCCAGAUUGCUUUCUUCCUUUUGGAGGUGCGGUUUCCAGAUGGUCAAGAGCAGGCAGACUCCAGCCUAUACACACACCAACGCAGCUGAACUUUAAAGUGCUGUCUGUCUCAGACUCUCCGGCUCUCAGCCUUGCCAAAUACGAUUCAUUUCAACAACAAGCCUUUUCCAACUAAAUCUACACACCUUGAAGGAGCGCAGAGUGUUGGAUUUGCUUGUUAUUAAGAAAUGUCACCCACUGGAAAAACAUACGAGGAUGCAGCUGUUUUUCCAGAGGAGUGUCUCAGAAGCUCUUAAGGAGAGCAUCCAGGAGAAGCUGACACGGAGCUGAGAGAGCAUGUAGGCUGUCAUUUUGUUUUUGUUUUUUUAGAAAGAAUUAAGGCUUUUUCCAAUGCAUCAUUGCUGUCCUGCUCAGGAUGUCUAUCAUGUUUGGGAAAGCAAGGACGUGCAACAUUGUUCCUGAACACGAACCUGCAGAGUGCAAUAUCGUAGUUCUGGGAGCAGUGGGCUCAGGCAAAUCAGCUCUCACUGUGAAGUUCCUCACGAAGCGUUUUAUUAGUGAAUACGACCCAAACCUUGAGGACACCUAUUCCUCAGAGGAAAUGGUGGACCAGCAACCAGUUCUGGUCAAAGUAAUGGACACGGCGGACCAGGAUGGACCGGUGAACUGUGAACGCUACUUAGCUUGGGCCAGUGCAUUUCUCAUUGUCUACAGCAUUGAUAACAGACUCAGUUUUGAAGUGUGUCAACAGUAUGUGGAGGCCGUGACACUGUACACCAAAGGCCUGCACCCUGAGGCUCCCAUCAUUUUAGUUGGCAACAAAGUGGACAUGGAGAGAUACAGACAAGUGAACAAGACGGAUGGUGCGACCCUGGCUGCCCGUUUUGGCUGCCUGUUUUUUGAGGUCUCCGCCUGCCUGGACUUUGUGUCUGUGCAAAACCUCUUUUACGAAGCCGUCCGGGAGGUGAGACGUGAGGCAGAGAGGAGCCUUUCACUCCGGCCCCUUUACAUCAGUGAAGACAAAGCACCAAUCAGCCUCUCCUCUGCCUCGCUUCUGUCACCCUGCUAUAAGGAGCUGCCCACUCCGGCCACAGCCAAGCUGGUGACUGUGAAGUCCUCGAGGGCCCAGAGCAAGCGCAGAGCACCCACACUCACCCUCCUCAAAGGCUUCAAGAUCUUUUGACUCAACACUGCCCUCUUAUGGUGCUGAGAGGCGCAGUCAGACUUGAGGACUCUUGUUAGACAUCAACCUGCUGAUCACGUGCCUUAAUGAUAACUUAGGAGCACAUAACUUUUUGACUAUAAAAACUAUGAUAUUGAACUACAUUUAUGUCAUUUCUAAAAACAAAAAAUUGCUUUGUUUACUGUUUCUGCAUAGGAUUCUGAUUGCAUUAGCUUAGUAAAAGUGCUUUAUUCAGCACAUUAGAGAUAUUUGAUGUGAAAUCACUAAUAGUACUUUGGAAUGAGGAACUUUCCUGUGUUAUACCACCAAUGUAUGAAAUGAUAAAAUUCAUGUGCCAGAAAUGAUGGAUACCAAAAGCAGGAUAUUGUACAUGUCAGGUCAGAUUUAAUAAUUAGAUUGUUAUGUUCCAGUUAACCCAAAUAUAGUCAGUUAGCCAAGACAUAUUUGGUGUCUAAGGUUUGCUUCUUUAGUUUAUACUGGACCUGCAAGGGUCAUGUAGCCUGCAAAUAAUGAUAGUCUAGCUCACCCAAAAUGUUUUCCAUAAUACAUACCCAAAAGUUCUUGCACUUACUUUUAAAUUAUGUUGUUGAGCUACAGAUGUCCCCCCCCCACACACACACUUUUUUUUUUGUGUAAAAUAGCAGCGAUAAUCUAUAUUUACACUUUUUUUGUGUCCACAGUGGAACUAUAUUAUCAUCAGAAUAAUGUCCAGCUUUCUGGUACAAUUUUGCGUUCUCAGUUCAAGAGGAGUCAAGGAAGCAUGACGUGAUACAAGACAACCAAGCCGCCAGUGUGUUACCUUAGUAAAACUGAGAAGGAUUGAUCCCAAUUAGAUCCUGAGCUUGGGUUACUGUCUGUGUGGAGUUUCAUAUGUCUUCCCCAUGUCUGUGUGGGUUUCCUCUGCAUUCUCUUGUUUCCUCCCACUUCUGAUAUGAGGAAGUAGGUGAAUUGCUGACUUUAAUGGACUUACAUGCCAUGCAGGGUGUUUUCACACCUCAUGUCCAGUGUUCCCAGCACAGACUUUGGAUCCAUCAUGACCCUGACCUUACCCUGACAGUUACUGAAGAUGAAUGAAAUGAUGGCUGUUGCAUAAUAUUACAGUGUUAAGCCAUAUGGUAUAAUUUUCUUCAUUUUUAUAGAUUGUUGUAAGACCUUACUGAAGAACUGGAUGUGUGGUAAGACAGAUAUUCACAAUGUGUGAGUAUAUAUUUAUGGAAAAUAAUUAUAUUUGGCUCUGAAUGCCUCUUGGACUUGGCCACAUUACCUACAUCAAGUUUUUAAUGCAACUUUAUGUAACCAUCUAACGUCUAGAGAAGCUGCAUUUUAUCUGCACACAAGGUUUAUGAAUAUAUUUUCCUUGUUACAACUUGAAGAUCAACAAUCUCCUUAUGGCAGAUGGAUCAGAUGCAAGAAAUCGCUGUAUAUGUGAGUUAAUUAAAUAUGACUCAAACUUGUUUUUAUUCAUUUUUUUCCGUACUUUUGUUAUUCUGUAGGGUACAGGGGGUUAGUGAUUAGCACAUUUGCCUCACACCUCUAGGGUUGGGGGUUCAAAUCAUGCCUCCAGUCUGUGUGCGCAGAGUUUGCAUGUUCACCCUGUGCUUUUGGGGUAUUCUCCGGGUACUCCAAUUUCCUCUCCCUGUCCAAAGACAUGUGUUGUAGGCUGAUUGGCAUUUUCAAAUUGUCCAUAGUGUGUGAAUGGGUGUGUGAAUCUGCGAUGGGUUGUCCCCUGUUUUGUGCUGCAAGUUCCCUGGUAUAGGCUCCAGGCUCCCCAUGACCCUGUGUAGGAUAAGCGGUAUGGAAAAUGGAUGGAUGGAUGGAUGGAUGUCAUUCUGUACUUUGAAAGCUGACAUUGCACUGUCUAAAUUUAUAUUAUAGAUGGUCAAGAUUUUAUUUUUGAGUUUGUCUGCACAUGUCACAGCUCACAAUGCCACCAUGAACCCAAAGGCCACUUGUCUUAUCUUGUAUCUAAAUGGUGUUGAUGAUUUAAGCAACAGUCAGAUAUAACAAUUCAUUAUAAUAUUAAUUAUAUAUUAUAUUCAGUAUAAUACUGGCUGUUGGUACUGCCACCACUCGAU